AUGACCCUGACGAAUGAAAAGAUUCCCGUGGUGAAUAGAGUAAUUAAAAGAGGCGAAGUUUACUAUGUUAAUUUAGACGACGCCAUAGGACACGAGCAGAAAAAUGACAAGGAUACUGAAAGGCGUUUAGCCGUGGUAGUUUCCAAUAACAAGCAAAACGAACAAAAUAAAGUGGUGGUAAUUGUUCCGCUUUCCAGCAAAGUUCACAACAUCAAACCGACUUUUCAAGCACCUACCCUUUUCCAAGGCAAGCCUGGCAAAGCCAAAUGCGAACAGGUGCGGGCGGUGGAUGUAGAAAGGUUAUUAGGAGAAAAGCAAGGCAGUUUAACCGAAGCAGAAAUGGAAAAUAUUGAUAAAAAAUUAUUGAUUGUUUUAGACUUGGUGAAGUAUCUCGGUCGUCUUGGUGAAAGCAAGGGAAAGAGAUAUUAUAGUUUAUAG